AUUGAAAAUAACAAAAUCAGUGAAAUUAGAAAAACUAUAUGCUCGUUAAACGACUUGUCAUUAAGCUUCAUCUUCCUCGCCUUGACUUAUCCUCCCGCUGCUCUAGAUGCAGUCGUCGGCGCCACCAGCCUUUACCUCUACAUAUGGUGUAGGCGCGCAGCACUUCAGCAUCCAAUGCCCUUGUCCAGUGGAGCCCAACUCCAUAUCCCCUCGACCCCCCGUCUCGGAUUCUCGCACGGGUACGGCGGCGAGCCCGCGCAAGUCUCUGAACUGGGAUGCAGAGCAGCGCGACGCACGAGUACCGCUCCGCGCCGGACUAGGAGCAUGGCAGCACGUGAGUGUAGGGAGACGGGCGCAUACCAAGAAGUGAAUCAUGACCUUGCUGAGAAGGUGAUGGACACACCGAAUAGUCGGCAUUCAGGGUCAAUAGCUUCUCAUGAUGGAACCAGUGGCACUUUAGAUUUGAAGAGUCACAUGAGCUCUUGUGGUGCUAGGCAUGCACCAAUAGGCCCAAAGCAACAAAAGUUAAGGUUGAGAAAGGUUGAUGAUGGAAACGCCAAUUUGGAGAAUAUUAUUUUUGAUCAAGAUGUUGCCAGGAAAGAGCUUCCACUAAUGAUUUGUGUUCAUGAGUACCCUCUAUCUAUGGUUGGUCACUUGGGUUUCAGAAAUUUUGUUCAACAUGACAUCCAAUGUUUAGAAUGGUAGUUAUGCUUAUUUGAUGUUAUGUUAUUUUGUGAGAAUUUGAGAGGUUAUGUGGCGAUCUGCACUUGUACUAUGUCAUUUUGUGAGAAUCUAAGAGCUUAUUUGAUGUCAUGCACUUGUGCUAUGU